AUGUCAAAGCGAGUAAAACGUGAACGAGCAUUUGAUUUGGCACAUAUUGAAUCAAAUUUGGAACAAAAACGACUACAUCUCCAAUGGCAAAAACUAGGCAUAAGAUAUCUUGAUUUACACGAAAAAAGAUGCCAGCAUAGAUGUGAUCACAAUUUACUACUUGGUCAUGAUAUGGUUCAGGGCCAUUUGGCAUUCGGUAGUAUUGGAUUGCCAGCUAUGAUAGAAGAACACGACCUUAAGUUAUUUUGUCACCUUAAUAGUCAACACAGUAACUGCUUGCAUGAUUGCGGUUUUAUUGUGCAGUUUAAUGCGAAUGACUUUGUUUGCAAGAAAUUUUACACUCAGAUGAUUAACUUAAUGCCAUGUUACAAACAUGCACUUCCAACAUUAAGACGUGUAUGUGGUGCACAACAAUGCGGUCCAUAUACAUAUGUUGAUAAGACAAUUGUUGGGUAUGCGCAUCGAUGCCGUUUGCUAAUAUGUGACAUCAAAUGCACGUCUGAUGUGCUCAUCCAACAAUGUGGCAAUAGAUUUGGCCAAAAAGCAGCUCAGUUUCUAAUGAAUUAUACGAAUCAACAGGUAUCAUUUUGGAUGCAAGAUUCAAAUUUGCGAGACACAGUACCACCAUCAUGUUCCAGACUUUUUUGCCACAAAUCUGACAUACGUCAUUGCUUUUUGUGA